AUGGCAUACGACGGCGAGCAUGAGUACUUUCUCCCGCUCCUGGACCAACGAGUCUUCGGAGCAGGCAUAAAGAGAAAACGAGUCCCUUUCAUCCCCUCCAGCGAUGUAACUGCCGCCAUCAACGCGCCCUCUUCAUCAAAAGACAUAUCCAGCGCCUCUAAUACGCUGCUGCAACAACAACAACAACAACAACAACCAAAUACCUCCUCAAUCGGUGACAGAUACCUAUCCAUCGUCUUCCCCCCGGCACCUGAAACCAGCGGGCUGGAAACACACACAACGUCUACCCCCUCACCUCCAUCUACUUCCGCAGCAACCACCCCAUCAACAACCUGUGAAAUUUGCCAGCUACCCCUCUCCCCCUCCCCAUCCGGUCCCGAUACAGAUACCAGACCCUCCUCCAAACCCCACGAAGCCACCCUCGCCCACCAAGUUUGCCUCCCGCACUCGCAUCCCCCUUCCGCCAUCGAUCGCACCCGUCCCGGCUUCAAAUAUCUCUCCGCGCGGGGUUGGGAUCCUGAUUCGCGACUUGGCCUAGGGCCACAGGGCCAAGGUAUCUCUGCGCCGCUGAAGCCCAGGGUAAAACAUGAUACGCUCGGCUUGGGGGUUAAACCUCGCAAGGCUGGUGAGGAGAAGGCUGCGAAGGGAAAUGGGAAGAAGGUGGAGAAGAUGAAUGCGAAGCAGGUGAGGAAGUUAGAGGAGGAACGGAAGAAGAAGGGGGAGAGGUUGCGGGAGAUGUUUUAUGCGCGGGAGGAUGUUGAGAGGUAUUUGGGGCAUUGA